AAUUCCGCCUCCGCCCUUGUGCAGGAAGCUCCGACGGGCGUCUUCGCUGGUAGGCUCGUGCGGGAGCUGGAGCUGUCGCGGCCUGGCGAUAGUGGGGUGCAAAGAAUGGCGUACGAGCCGAGGGAAUCGCUGCUUACCCCAUCAGGAGGCGCGUGAGAAGAGGAAUGGCAGGAGGAAUGUUACCCCUUGGCGAAUGGCUCCCGUUCCUCUUCCUGUGGAGGCUGUUGCUCUCCGCGGCUGUCGAAGAGUUUUCUCUCUCCUUACCAGCACCACAGAAUUUGACAAUUAAGUCAUAUAAUUUUCAGAAUGUAUUGAGGUGGUCUCCAGUUAAGGGAAUCAAUGGUUCAGUGUUUUACAGUGUUCAGCGUUGCAUAAAUUCAGACCGAACAUGGGAAAAACUGAAUUGUAUAGAUAUCAUGAAACCUGAAUGUGAAUUUGAGUCUAUCAAGGAUUUUUAUGAAAUUAUUUUGCGUGUUAGAGCUGAAGAAAGCAACUUAAAAUCUGAAUGGACUGAAUCAUCUCACUUUACUGCUCUGAAAGAUACCAUUAUAGGACCUCCAAGAGCAAUAAAUGUAACUUCAGCAGCUAAUUCAAUUCUUAUAAGUUUCUUGCCUCCUUUUGAGAAAAGAAGUAAUUUCUCUUCAUUUGUCUAUACAAUCUAUUGGGAGAAUUCAAAAAAUGUAUCACUAACCAUGAAUACUGUAUACAGACUUAAGGAUCUAAAGGAAAGAACUACAUAUUGCUUUAGGAUACAAGCAAGCCUGAAUGACCUCAAAGGAGAAAAAAGUGGUAUUUAUUGUGCAAAAACUACAAUCACUGAGGGAACAAGAAUUCUCUAUUGCAUAUUGAUAUUUGGAUCUGUGUUUUUAAUACUACCUUUAGUAUUUUUGCUAUUAAUGGUUAUUCGGAAGUAUCCAGAUAUAAUUAAGUCCUUUUGGCAACCUCCUCUAACAAUACCAUCACACUAUGAAGAGGACCUAAAUGACUCCCAAAUGAUUACAACUGAAGAAUUUCAGAGUGCUGCUGGGGAAGAUCCUUGGGACAUUAUUUCAAUUACUUCCAAAGCAGAAGAUGAUAAGAUUCUGACAAGUUUUGCCAGUGAACACAGUUGAUAGACAAUAUGAUGAAAAAUAUUUUAUAUCAUUUACACCUUAUUAAUUACCAUCAAGUUGUUUUAGCUGCUUAAAACAUCCAGUUUCUAAGGAAGUUCCACUCAUUCGUCUGUGUAGCAAUGUGAAUUAAGAAACUGAUUUUCAUAGCACGUUUAUUCAUUUGGAAGAAAGUCCUAAUAUUUCAGUAGGUUUAGCCUGAAUAAAUGCGUUCAGAAUUUCAGUGUGAAUGUUAGAACACAAAUCCUAUUGCCUCAUACAUAUAUAUAUUUUUAAUGAUUAAAGAGUUUUGUUUUUCCCUGGGCAAUAUUGUGCAAUGAUAGUUUACACCAGCAUUACCUAAUUAAAACUUUUUGCAAUAGAUCACGGGUAUCAAACUCGCCACGUCAUGUGAUGCGACGUAUCGCAACUCUUUGCAUUGCCGGCAAUGGGGUGGGCAUGGCUUCGAUAUGAUGAAACCGGCCCGUGGGCUGGCAGUUUGACACCCCUGCAAUAAAUUAAGAUGAGAAGUUGGUUUGAUA